AUGCCAAAAAGCACAAAGUCUCGAAAACCUACCGUCGCUGCAAAGUACAAGAACUAUACGGUUCCCACAACAACAAGAAACGUCGGGAAAGGUAUAUUGAAUGCAUCCGCAACUGAUUGGACUUCACCGUCAAAACUAGUUAGUGCCAUGGACGUCAACAUCAUCAAAACUAAGAGCUCCGAAGAUAUAUUUACUUCGCUACUCGAUGCAUUUGUAGCUUUGAGCAAAACGUCUCCAAAUGCUUCAAUAAAAAACCUUGCUUCUAAUUGUUAUAAGUACGCAUCUCAAACCAAGUUCAAGCAAGAAUUUAUUGAAAUCGUUGAGUCCCGGAAAUUGAAAAUAAGAGAUUUUGCUGUCGAAAAGCGAAUUCAUGAACUUGCUAACCAAGGAAUGAACGGCAUACUCGAUAUUGCUUCAAAAUCUAUGGACCAAGUUGUUUCUAGGGCUUUAAACUUAGUAAAUGAUAAUGAGGCAAUCAAAGAAAGUAUUAUUACGAAUAAGAACGAAGAAGAAGAGGAGGAGGAGGAGUAUAGAAGUGCAGACGAAGAGCUUGUUUGGAAUGAAAUUCUUUCCUCUUCUAAGAAAACAGCUGUCAAUCCUCCUGGAGAGUCACAAUACACUGCCGAGAAACCAAAGUUGACCAUAAAAAUGAUCGAGGAGUUGGAGUUAUCCUGCCAUAUGGCUUUAUCAUGUAUACCAUUGUCUAAAAUUCCUGGUGAUAUGCUCACUUUAUUUUACCAAUAUCAGAAUGAUAAUUUUAUUCUGAAAUCUCUAAAGAGUCAAGACGAUGUAUUUAAUCGAAUUAGGCAGUUGAUUGACAUAGAAGACACAAUUGACAAUAGAACCGAUUAUGGAUUUUUUGUUUGGCAAAGUGAGAGAGAGGCGCGAAUGAAGCAGGAGAAAAAUGUGGAGCUACUCAAAGUGUUUUGUUUCUGUCUGACCGACUUUUGGAGUUGCUGCUGGCAAGAAACCUUUCGAAAAGAUCACGAGUGCGAAGACCAUGUUAAAUCGUAUAAUGCUAACCAGAUAGAGAAAAAUUUUUGGCUCAACAGUACCAGUAGUUGCUUUUCAGAUGGAGUAGGCAGAAACAACAAUGGCCAAAAAAUUCUAUUGAUGGAGUCAUCUUCUGCCUAUGGGGUUGAAGAUUUUGAGCAUAGUUUACAAGACACGUACAAGUUAAUUAAACUAUCCACAGCAGGUCUUCAAGAAAUGAUAAAAAGAAAGCAAGACUGCAAAGCGUCCUCUGCUUCAAAAUUGGCCGUCUUUGGUAUACAAUGCAUUAAAGAUAAGCUGACCUUGCUGAAAACAACCUUCGAUGCUAAAUUGGAAAAUUAUAAGAUCAUGGAGUUGAGAUCUUGUACAAUACCAACAGCAUGGGAGAAAAGAUAUGCUAUGUUGAAGGUUUUUGAACUUCUUGCCUGUCUUAACUAUGAGCUCAGAAAACAACUAGAAUUAGAGCGCGAACUGUUAAGACAAGAGAACCAGUUGGAACCAGUCAAUGCAGAUGAGUCUGGGAUGCAGAUAUUUAAUGAAUGCCGUAACUUAACAAAUAAGGUGUAUUCAAAGUAUAAAGGAAUGCCCGAAGAAAUGAAUUGCACGAUUCUUGAAAUUAUACUCAUGAAGAACAUUUAUGUGUUCCAAAUACAGCGGGAAUCAUGA